GGUCUACCUCAUGAAGUCACAGCUCUUAUACCUAGUCAUAUCUUACUAUUUUAGUUUAAUGUUUUUACUCUUAUAGAGUUGUAUAUUCUGUAGCUGCACUGGAGUUGUGGUGCUUUCUGUAUCGGUUAUCUAAAUUUAUUUAGUAGUUUUAUGGUUUUCUCGUUUCUAUUAGUUAACUAACUAUCGUUACUUUAAAGGUUUAAAUUUUCAUAAUCAUAAAUAUGGAUACAUGGACUUCAAAUUUUUGGGCGGAAAAUGAAACUGAAUGCAAAAGAAUUUUGAUGGAACCAGGCAACUGGGAGAAGGUAAUUUAAAUUAUUCAUAAAAUAUAAGAACAAAUCCAAUAUUUAUCUAUGUUGUUUAAAUUAUUGUGCUGUGUUAUUCCACAACAUACAUUAUUAAAAAUGUAUUUAUCUAUAACUUUGAUUGAUGUUUUCUUUUUGAUUGUUAGUCGACGUAUUUAUUAAUUUUAGAACACUGUUGAUUACUUAUUACCUAUACACAAAUUAAAAAAUGUUUUUGUGCUUUAGGUACCGUUAUUUGAUCACAAAACUGCCCUUGGAACCUUAGUGAGGUUUAAAGGAAUGGUCCAAGAUAUGUUAAAUCCAGAGUACUACAGUAAAACUUUUUCAGUUUUUAAUUCUGUUACUAAUGAAACCAAAAUUUAUCAGGGAAAAUAUCAUAGUUUUAUUGUAAAUAAAGUAAGUAUAAUUAUGUUUAUUAAAAGAUCUUAUAUUUGAUAAUAAAAUUCACAUUUUUGCAGUCUGAAGAAAACAUUCAGUUAGGAGAUGAUUUGAUGGAAAGGCAAGUUGUUGUUUGUGUUCCAAUUCCUGGACUAAAUAAAUGGGUUGAUGAUGUAACUAUUUCCAAUAAUGAGAUUGAAGUUGAAUUGUAUGUUUAUUAAUCUUUAGUUUUCCUAAAAAAAUGUUCAUUAUUCUGUGUUGUUAUAGACAAGAAAAUUUCAAUAAACGGAUUCGUUUAGAUCCAGCUUGCCAAAACCCCCCAAAGGAUGUGUUAAUUUUUGUAUGUAUUGAUUUUUUUUUUUAUGUUACAUCAAAAUAUCAUUAUGAUAAUCAGAUAAUGUGAUAAGUUAAUAAAAUAAUUGCAUACUUAGGUUUAUCCUGAAAGUGUAGAAUCUUGUGAGUUAAAGUUGAAUGAGAUUGUCGAAGUUGUAGGAUUUCUUAACCGACGUACAAUUGAAGAAGAUAAUGAAGAUAUAGAAUCUUUACCAGCCAAGGAAACUUAUUGUAUUCAUACUGUUCACUAUAAAUUAUUUCCAAACUUAACUCUGAAUAAUAUAAAAACGAGUAAGUUCAGGUUGUAAAUGAAAUUUAUAUAGUAUAAUAAUUAUUAUAUUACAAAUGUUAUUAAGUGGAUGAUUGUAUUUGGGAAGAAGCUUCAAGCCUUCACACAGAGUUAAAAUUAAUUUUAACUCAAGCAUUAUUAGGAGAUUCUUUAGUAGCUGAUUAUUUAUUAUUUCAUCUUGUUUCUACAAUGUAUGUAUAUUAAUAAUUGUACAGGUACAAUAAUUAAUUUAACUACUGUCUACUUCACUACUUAUGAUUUUUUUAUUUAGAUAUAAUAGACAACGUAAUCAUGUUCCUGGAAAAUUUUCAUUAAAUAUACGAGGAAUUCCAAAUAAUAUUGAGAAAAAUUAUACUACCAAAUUGUACUCUUUGAUAUCUUAUUUGGUUGUUAAAAGUGAAUAUUUGUCAAUUACAAUUGAUUCUAUGAACAACACAGACAUGAUUCCAAGGUAAUUUAUGUACUUAAUAAAACAAAUUAGGGCCCUUUUCUUCUAUGUAUCAUUGUAUACAUAUGUAUCAUAUGCCCUUUGUCGUACAGGUGAUUUUUUUUCAGUUUUACAAUCUCAACCUGCAUGUGCUCUCUUGCCAUACAACCAUGCAAAAUAACAAAUCUUUGUUCAUCUAGGAUAACUGCACUGUUAGUUUUGAUUAUUAGAAUCAAUUUAAACUAUUAUCAAACUUAAAGAUAUUAAUCUCAUGAUUUAUUUUUCUGUUAUUUUAAUUUUUAAAUGAGCUGGUGUGAAAUAUCACAAUUGAGAAAUGCUUCUUGUUUAAAAAUUAAAAUAAUAAAAAAAAAAAAAAAGCAACAAUGAGACGACACAGGUAAUGUUCAUAUCUUUGAGUUUGAUAAUAGGUCAAUUCGCUCUAAUUUUAAAACAAACAGCACAGAUUUGUCCCUGCUGAACAAAAAUUUGAUAGCACUUCGUGCGAUUUAUAGCAUGAUUGUAUGAUGGAAACAAUACAUGUAUGUAUGACGUCCUCUUAAGUGGUUCCAAUAUGUAUACUAAUAAACUGUACACAAUUGUAUAGUAAUUGAAUAAGUUUAAAUUGUGUUCCUCAGACCUUAAAUUCCAGAAUGUGUUAUUUUAGUUUUUAACAUAUUUGCUGAAACUUUUAUUCUAAGUAUUUAUAGGAUAAUUUUGACAAUUACUUCCUUGCUUUUACAAUCAAUUAGUACAAUGUGGUCUACGGAUUUGUUUAGUCAUCAAUAGUAAAUAGUGAAUAUAAAACUAUUGCUUUUAUUGGAACAUUUUUUUUUCAUCAUGUCUUCGGCAUCUACAUACAAUUUUUGUUAUCAAAGAAUAUCACCAUAUAUAACCAAACAGUUUGAAAAAAACAGUUAUAAAACCAUUAUAAUUAUUUAUUUGUAUGUAUACAAAUAUAAUAAAUAUCUAUUUAUGAACUUUUAUGCUUCUUAACUAGAUAUUUUAGAAAAUAUUUUAUAAAUCACAAAAAAUGUAUAGAAUAAGAGCUAUAAUAAAUUUAAUUUUAAAUACAUAAUACAUAUUUUAUUAAAAAAUUAAAAAAAAAAAAAAAAACAUUGGUUUUGAACAAAAACACAUAGAACUUUAAUGGCUCCCUAGUCAGAUAUAGAUUAAAUUUGACCAAUUGAUAUAAAAUUGUAUAUAGUUUAUUUUUUAUACAUAUUAGAACCCAAUUAGAAAUUAAAACUAAUAAAAGAUUUUGAUAAAUAAAGGCCAGCUUAAUAGAGGAUAGACAAUUUCUGAAUAUUGUUUUGUAUUAAACAUUCCAAAUAUUUUAAAUUGUAUAUAAGUUUCCGAAUUUCAAAUUUUUAAAAUAGUGAAAUUUCUAUUACCUUUCUACAUGAAAGUAAUCCCAUCAAUAUCCAUUAAUACUAUGCAAUGCUAAUAAUUAGCUACCACUCAUAGGCAUACAGCUAUUGAUUCUCAUUUAAAUGACCUUAGCUGUGAUAGCAAAAUAUCCUACACUAUGAACUAUCUAUUUGUUUCAGUCCAACUACCAAACAACAUGCAAAAACAAUGCUUACGCAGACUAAGUUAAACUAACUUGAUUUUUUUUUUUUUAAAGUUAAAACACCUGUCAUAAAAUUUAACAAGAUUAAUAUUUUGAAGGGAAUAUUAUAGGUGUUUUUUGAAUUAUGAACUAUUAUAAAAGUUAAUUAUUUUAAAAUCUAAAAAAAAAAAUAGUAAUUAAAAUUAAAGAUAGAUUAUUAAAUAAAUUGUUUUACUCAAUUAAUAUUAUUAUAUAAAAUCUCAACUAAAAACAGUUAUAACCUAAAUUAAAUUUUAAAUCAUUUAUAAUUAGGUAAUUAAAAAAAUGAUUAUAUUGAAACAACUAAAAAAUAAUUUGAUUAUAAUUUUUAACUAUAUAUUUGUUAUUAUUUCAGAAAAUGUUAUACUUCUAAUAGACUGUUAAACGGUUUAUUACAGUUAUCAAAUAGAACACAUUUGGUUUUGGAUGAAACAAAUUUAGAGCCAGGAAAAUUGGAUAAUAAAGGUAUUUGUGUUAAAUACCCAUUUAAUUCUUUUUAAAAUGAUUUUGAAACAAAAACACUUAAAUUUAAACCAUAUUAAGCUUCUAUUUUAUUUUAAAUAAAUAUGUGCUUGGCCCAAAGUACAAUUGUAAAUAUUUACAAAUAGUAUGAGUUCAGUAGAAGUGAAAUGGAACUAUAACAGAAAUGAAGGCUGGGUGUUGGCUAGACGCAUUAAUUGGUCAAUUAGAUUAUUCUGACUGUAAUUAGUAUUGUGUAGGAAUAGAAAAUAGAGCAAUAGAGCUGAUUGAGCAUGAGCAAGUUUAUAUGGAAAAGGAACGAGAAGAAUCAGCAGAACCAUAAUAAUUUGUUAAAAAUAACAUUAUACAAAAACAAAAUUGUUUUGAUAUUCAUUAUACAUAUAUUUAAAAAAAAAUCCCUUUGUUCUACUAUCUAAUAUUACGGUGUACUUAUUUUUAUAUUAAAUAAUAAAAUAGUUUAUUAAUGACUUUUCUAAGGAAUGACAAAUCUGCAAGCUCUAACAGAUGUAAUUACUAAUCAGCAAAUGAAAUAUGAUUUUACCUACUAUACAAUUGAUUAUGAAACUCAAAUACCAGUAUUAACCUUGUCUAUUGGAAAAUCACUUUUACCCGUAAGUUUGUUAAUAAAUUAUUAGUUUAUUAAUAAAUAGUAUUAUUAAUAUAAUGCGUAAUGAAAUAUCAUUGUUUAGUGUGAUAUAGAUAUUGUAUUGAAUCCUGACCCAUCUUGUACUAAUAAUAUUGAAGAAACAAUAGACUCUGCAUACAAUUACCUUAACUCUCAGUUGUUACUUUUGGAGAAAUUGAGAAAAUAUAUAGCAAUAAUUUCAACAUUCCCCUUUAAUUUUAGUGAAGAUGUUUUACAAGUGUGUUACACAAAAUAUAGUAUUAUUUUGAAAUUAAAUUAAUUUAAUAAUUCUACAUUGUAUACAGAUUAUUGAAAAUGAUUAUGUAGAAAUGCGAAAAGCUGAUGUUAAAAAUAUGUCUGCUGAUGAUUUGCAUCGUUUCAUCAUGAUAUCAAAGUAUGUUACUUUUAUACUUAAAUUUGAAUAUGUUUUAUAUUGUGUUAUUCUAAUUAUAUAGGUUGAUUGCUUUAUGUGCUGGAAAAAAUGAAUUGAAUAAAGAUAUUUGGGAAAGCUGUAAAACAUUAGAAAGUCAACGUAAAUUAAGAAAUAAGUCAAAUUGAAUUCUUCAAUGUAAAUUGUUUUAUAACUUUACAUUGAAUAAUGCAUAUUCUUAUAAUAUAUAUACUUUUAUUUUAUUUUUUGAUAAACGAUACUAGUAAAAAUAUUGUAGCUAAUUAUCAAAUUAUGUCUAGAUGUAUGAUUUAUUAAAUUUAAACAAUAUAAAUUUGUCUACUAUUCGCUACAUCAAAUAUAAUUUUAAAAUGAAUGUAUAAUUUUUUGUAAUCAAACUACCAAAUGGGUUCUUAUUUGAAUGUUCAUUCAUAUAUUUACAGACCACUACCAGAUAGUCCUGUAUCUAAUUAAU